GCCCGAUUGACUGUUGCACAACCCCAAUACCACCAUCAUGUCGUCUCGAUCUCUCUGGAGGAGCUUACAAACCCAAACCAGACGGCGAUUGGCCGUGUCCGAAACUCCCUACCGGUGUUUCUCCUGCACACGACAGGCCCAGGCUCUACCGCCCAAGCCGGGCUCCGAGGAGGAGCGAUUCACCCAUUUCGGCUUCCAAAAUGUCCCCGAGUCGCAGAAGGAGUCAAUGGUGAAAACCGUGUUUAGUUCGGUCGCCUCCUCCUACGAUGUCAUGAACGACAUGAUGUCGCUGGGCAUCCACCGGCUGUGGAAGGACCACUUCGUCCGCUCACUGAACCCGGGCUCCUCGCUGCCCUCGCGCGAACUGGGGACGACCGGGGGCUGGAACAUCCUCGACAUCGCGGGCGGUACGGGCGACAUCGCGUUCCGCAUGCUGGACCACGCGACCAACAUCAACCACGACACGGCGACGCGGGUGACGAUCGCCGACAUCAACCCGGACAUGCUGGCGGAGGGCAAGAAGCGCAGCAUCCAGACGCCGUACUACAACACGGACCGGCUCUCCUUCCUGGAGGGUAACGCGCAGAGCAUGCCCUCGAUCCCCAGCAACUCGGUGGAUCUGUAUACGGUCGUGUUUGGCAUCCGCAACUUCACGGACAAGCAGGCGGCGCUGAAUGAGGCCUUCCGCGUGCUGAAGCCCGGGGGUGUGUUUGCGUGCAUGGAGUUCAGUAAGGUCGAUAACGCCUUGUUUAAUGCCGUCUACAAGCAGUGGAGCUUCAGCGCCAUCCCGUUAAUCGGGCAGUUGGUCGCCGGCGACCGCGAGAGCUACCAGUACCUGGUGGAGAGUAUCGAGAAGUUCCCCAGUCAGGAGGAGUUCCGGGGCAUGAUCCAGAAGGCUGGCUUCUUGAUCCCCGGUCGUGGGUUCGAGAAUCUUACGGGAGGAAUUGCGGCGAUUCACAAGGGGAUUAAGCCGUUGGUGAGGAAUUAAGGGAGAGGAAGAGGCGGCAAAGAUGUGAUUGUAAUUGUAUGUAACUAUAGUUAACGGUAACUAAGUUAGUUCAAUGGACGAAGUUGAC